AGUUGAGGAUUUGGUAAUAGAAGAGUCGACCACCCAAAAGUGAAAACGACGGCCCUGUACAGUGGCGCUAAAAUUUUUCCCAAAACUCGUAAACCAAGAGAAAGCCGUACCAAUUUCCCUUGCUUUGGAAUUGUUUUUAUCAGUCGCUGCUACCUCAAUUCAAUCAAGCGCUACGUUUCUCGUAGCUGUUCUAUGAUGUGAUGAUCUUAAUUUGCCGCAAGUGUUCGACGAAAUGCUAUAACCAGAUUAUAGCUGACAGCUUCUGAUUUGGAGGUUUUCUGGGUUUCUGUUAGUCUGGGAGAGCCAUAUUUUAUGGGGACCAGCAAAGAAGAGGCACAGCAACAUGGGUUUCUUGAUCGUGCCUCUCGAGCUACCAGGGGCAAACGGAUGACAAAGUUGCUUGAUGAGGAGAUUGAAGAAGACGAAGUCUUUUGGAAUCAAGAUGCUCUCAAAGAGGAGGAGAAUGAUGAGGAAUAUGAGGAAGAAGGAGAGGUUGCUGAUGUCUUUGAUAGUGACUUUGAUGAAGAUGAGCCUGAGGCAGAUGAAGAAGUGGAAAAUGAACCUGAUGAGAGGAGAACAAUUAAGAAACUAAUAUAUCCUGGAAAGGCACCCACAAAAAAGAAAAAGAAGACAAAAAAAGAGAAGGUGCUUUCUAAGUCAGAAAGUGCAUCUAAGGAUGAGAAAACUCCGGACCAUUCGACUCCUUCAGAACAAAAUGAUGUUCCUGAUGAUGCUGAGGUAGAGAAGAUAGUUAGAAAGUCAACUAGAACUUCUGUGAUUGUUAGACAAGCUGAGAGAGACGCAAUACGUGCAGCACUGCAAGCUACAAUGAAGCCAAUAAAAAGGAAAAAGGAAGGUGAGGAGAAGAGGAUGACCCAAGAAGAGAUGCUUUUGGAAGCAGCUCAAACAGAGAUUAUGAAUUUGAGAAACUUGGAAAGGGUGUUAGCUAGAGAGGAAGAAGUAAAGAAAAGAGCCAUUGUGCACAAAGCAGUUUACAGUGGUCCUCAGAUAAGAUACCUUUCUAAAAACGGUUAUUCAUAUCUAGAUUUCAUGAAUGGAUCGUCAUUUGAGUCGGAAGUCUCAACCACAGCCAAACCUUAUCCGAAGAAACAAGUGUGUGCUAUUACUGGACUCCCAGCAAUUUACCGUGAUCCAAAGACUGGUUUACCUUAUGCAACGAAAGAGGCAUUCAAGAUCAUCCGUGAACAGUAUGCUGAAGCGAGUAGCUGCACUAAGAAGGAUGGCUGCAUGGGCCUCUUAUCUGAUUUUGAACAAGGAUUCUCUCAGAAGAGGAAACGGUCAGUGAUUCCACACGACACAGCAACAUCAUACUCUCGGAACUUUGCUCGUUUUCGAAGAAUUCCUGCUCUAGAAAUCCAAGACUCGGACUAACUGCCUUGCUCGUUUCUGAAAAACUCAUGCUGGCGGAUACAAGAAUCAUCGCAACUGUCUUUUGAGAGAUUCUUUUCAGGUAGAUUAUAACUGUUUUGAGUUGGAAGUGGGAGAAGGCUUUAGGCAUUUAUGUAGAGCUAAGUUUCAAAUAACUCACGUAUGGGUAGUAUGUAAUUAGCUAAUUUGCAAGUGGAUGCAGUAUGUAAUUAGGAUAGUUUCUUUAGUUACAGAGGAAAUACUCCAUGCGUGAGAACAGACGUUACAUACUUCAAUUUGAAGAUACAUUCAGAUUAGCAUAAAUUGCUGAUUGAAAAUGAGUUUCCCAGAA